GUCUAGAAAUCGUCUUCUUGCUUUUGAGAAAUCAUCUUCUUGCUUUUGAAACUCUUCUUUUUUCGUUCAAAAUGGAGGGUGAGCUUUCGCGAAGCAACUCGUUCACUGAUUCUGCAUCAACUAGCAGCUUUCUUGGAAAAUAAUAUGUUUGCAAGUGCGGUUUGGAUGCUGUUUUGAGAACGUCAUUGACUUACCAAAACAUGGGAAGAAGAUUUUGGGGAUGUCCUAAAUUCGAGGUUGGGAAGGUUGGGAAUGCAUGCGAUUUCUUCCACUUUCUUGAUGGUGAUGAGGUGAUUGAGGAAAGAGCCAAGGAUCUCUUGCUGCGACUUAAAGAUAAGCAAAUUAGGCUUGAGAAAGAGAUUCAAAGUUACAAGGAAGAAAACGAAAAUCUUAUGGCUGAAAAAGGGAAACUGUUGCAGGAAAAUGCAAACUUGAUGUCCGAAAAUGGGAAAUUCCUCACCGAAAAUGGUGACUUGAAGGUCCAAUGUGAGGCAUUUGUUAAGAAUAUCAAAGGCUUGGAGAAGAAAGUGAAGAGGAAUUGCAUUAACAUUGUUGGGAAAACUAGGAAAAUGACAGGAUGGGACUAGUGUCUUUUGUGCAUUAUUUGCCUUUUUGCCUUUUUAUGUAAAAGGAAUGUAAUUUGUUCCCUAUAUAAAGGGCACAUGGUCUAUUAAUUUGAUAUAUUCACUGUACAAGUUUAAUUUCAUACUAGCAAAUACAUAGCAAAAUGUAAU